AUGAGCAGUGUUGAUGUUAGAAAGAAGGGCGUGUCUGAAAUGCGUAAAAUACUUGAGAACUAUGAUAAAGAUGAAGCUAACAAGCAAUCUAGUUUCCAAAUGAGGAAUCUAUUUCCUUUCGAUAAAACUGUCUUUAGUGAUUACAAAGAAGUUGGUGAUACGUUAAGAGAUACUUUUCACAUUGGAGAUUCUAAAACUAUAGAAUCCUUUUUAGAUAAGAAAGGGCCUGAUAUUGUGAAAGACAUUUUUGAUGAAAGUGUGAAAAUAUAUGUCUCAUUACAAUGCGAAAUGAAACAAGAAGGUACAGAAAAUAAGGAUAUAGUCCAUCUAAAUACAGCUAACGAAAUAGUGAAUCCGGCGGAUGAUAGAAAAGUCUUUUAUGAAAAAUUAAAAUCAGAUUUAGUAAAUAGAUUAGAACAUUAUCAAGGUAAAGGUUCUGGUUUUAGACUAAAUAGAAUUAUUGGUUUAAGAAUGUUUCAAACUAAGAUUAAGCCAUUAUCAGGAUCAAAAUAUAUUGAAUUACCAGAUUGGUUAAAAAAUAAGAAAGCCGUAGUUAAUAUUCAGAAUAAAGAUGUAAAAUGUUUUAUGUGGUGUAUUUUAGCUCACUUAUAUCCAGUGGAUCAAAAUCCUGAACGAGUAAGUAAAUAUAAGGAUCACAUUUCUAAAAUUAAUUUCGAAGGUUUCGAAUUUCCUUUCCAAGUUAAAGAUGUAGAUAAGUUUGAGAAGAGAAAUAACUUGGCUGUUAAUAUUGUAACUCAUGAUGUCUCAGGGCCAGCAAUAAUUGAGUCAUAUAAAGUAUCUAAAAACAUCAACGUAGAUUUAAGUAGAGUGAUAAACCUUUUGCUUGUCACUGAUUGUUCUGGAGAAGGAGUUCAGGAAACACAAAAACAUAGAUAUGUCUGCUAUGCAGAUUUUGAAUCUGUUAUCUAUAAAAUUGAUUCUGUUAACAAUUCUCGUAACAAAUCUUGGAGUGAGAAUGUUGGUAAGCAUAAGGCCUCUGCUUUCUGUGUAAUUGUUGUGGAUUCUUUCACUCAGAGUAUUUACGAAAUGAAGAGCUAUGUUGGAUAUAAUACUAUUACAAAAUUCAAUGAGUAUAUCUUAGAUGUGUGUGAGCGAUUAUUGAGUAUGCCUGAUAUGGAAAUGAAAAAUUUAACCAAUGAAGAGUGGAAAGAAUAUGACAGCUGUAAUUCAUGUCCUCAGUGUGAGAAUGUGUUUGAUGGGGAUAAAGUUAAAGAUCAUGAUCAUUGGACUGGAUUAUACAGAGGACCUCUAUGUAACUCUUGUAACUUGUUGAAACAGAAAAAUAAAUUUAUACCAGUGUUUUUCCACAAUCUUAAAGGCUAUGACUCACAUCAUAUAAUUAGUGAUGAGGAAUCAAGCAAACUAUUGAAGGAAAAA